AUGGCUCAGCUGGUGGAGUGCGUCCCAAACUUCUCCGAGGGCCGAAACCAAGAGGUGAUCGAUGCGAUCUCAUUGGCUAUCUCCGAGUCCCCCGGCUGCAGCCUGCUGGACGUGGACUCCGGAGCCUCCACCAACCGGACGGUGUUCACCUUCGUGGGCUCGCCGGCCGCCGUGGUGGACGGGGCCCUGAACGCAGCACGCCAAGCCUUCAGCCGCAUCGACAUGGCAACGCACUCAGGUGAGCAUCCUCGGACCGGAGCACUGGAAUUGUUUAUGUCUACAGAUCCCAUCUAUGACUACAUGUAUCUGUGCGGAGAAGCAGCACGGAGAGAAACCAGGAGAAAUCUCCCGUCUGUCCGAGCUGGAGAGUAUGAAGCUUUACCUGACAAGUUGAAGCUUGCUGAUUGGUCCCCUGACUUCGGCCCGGCGGAGUUCGUGCCAUCGUGGGGCGCCACGGUAACCGGUGCUCGUAAGUUCCUGAUCGCCUUCAACGUGAACGUGAUCGGCACCAAGGAGCAGGCGCACCGCAUCGCGCUGGACAUCAGGGAGCAGGGCGGCGGGAAGACACAGCCGGGGCGUCUGCAGAAGGUGCAGGGGAUGGGCUGGUACCUGGACGAGUCCAACAUGGCCCAGGUGUCCACCAACAUCCUGGACUACGAGCUGACCCCCCUCCACACGGUGCACCAGGAGAUCUGCAGCAUCGCACAGGAGCUGAAGCUGCCAGUUGUGGGCUCUCAGAUUGUGGGUCUGAUUCCUCUGAAAGCCGUCAUGGACUCGGCCGACUUCUUCAUCCAGAGCGGGCUCUUCAUCCUGGAAGAGGAGCACAAAGUCCGCCUGGUGAUCAGUAAACUGGGCCUGGACUCUCUCGGCCCAUUCAACCCCAAGGACAGAAUCAUAGAGUACAUGGUGCAGUCUGGGGACGACAGCCGUCUGGUGUCUCUCUCUCUGCAGCAGUUCGUUCAGAGCGUUGGCGCUCGCACGGCGGCUCCUGGCGGAGGAUCGGUUUCUGCUGCCGUUGCUGCUAUGGGCGCGGCGCUGGGCGCCAUGGUGGGUCAGAUGACCUACGGGAAGCGCCAGUUUGACCAUCUGGACGGAGUGAUGCGGCGCCUGAUUCCUCCGUUCCACCAGGCGGCGAAAGAGCUCCUAAACAUGGUGGACGCCGACUCCACCGCCUUUAACAGCUACAUGGCAGCGCUGAAGAUGCCAACCUCAGCAGAGGAAAUAAAGAGGAGAGAGGUGAUGAUGCAGGCUGGUCUGCAGCGAGCGGUAAGCGUGCCGUUGGCUCUGGCCGAGAGGGUCAAUGUCCUCUGGGCGCCGCUUAAAGAAAUGGUCGUCAACGGCAACAUCGCCUGCAAGUCGGACGCUCAGGUGGCGGCGAAGGCGUUGGAGACGGCGGUGUUCGGGGCGUAUUACAACGUCACGAUCAACCUCAACGACAUCACAGACCAAGACUUCAAGAUGGCCGUAAGUCUCCUCGCGGCAGCGUUGCUGCAGGAAGCGAAGGAGGCCGCUGCCGUCCUGCUCGCUGCUGACCACAGGAAGUGAUGUCAUCUCCAUCUUGCUGACCACAGGAAGUGAUGUCAUCUUCUUCAGUGUUGAACUUCUGAC